UUCAGGGAAGUUCCCGCCUCCGAGACCCGGGAGGAGGCGGGGAUAAAGGCGGCACGAGGGGCGGAUUCUUGCGGGGGCAAGAUGGCGGCCACCCGGGGGUCGUUCCUAACGGCCUGGACGCUGAGAGCUGUCGCCCGCUGGCCGAGGGACAGGCUUCUCGCGGCCUCUCCGGGACUUGAGGCGCGUCGGGUAGCGUCGUCCUCCGGCGCUGAGGCUGGCGAAGGGCAGAUCCACCUCACCGACAGCUGCGUCCAGAGGCUUCUGGAGAUCACGGAAGGGUCAGAGUUCCUCAGAUUGGAGGUGGAGGGAGGUGGAUGCUCCGGAUUCCAAUACAAGUUUUCGCUGGACACUGUAAUCAACCCCGAUGACAGGGUGUUUGAACAGGGCGGAGCCAGAGUGGUGGUGGACUCAGAGAGCUUGACCUUCGUGAAAGGCGCCCAGGUGGACUUCAGCCAGGAACUGAUCCGAAGCUCAUUUCAAGUGUUGAACAACCCUCAGGCACAGCAGGGCUGUUCAUGCGGGUCGUCCUUCUCCGUGAAACUCUGACUGACGUGGGAUAUGGGUGGCUCUAACCACCUUCUCCCCUCUGCCCCCAAGUGUCAAUAUGAGGAACCCGGGAUUUGUAGUAGAUCCUUCUAAUCAUGUCCCGCUCCCAAUUUUUAUUUCCUUUAGUGGAGCCUCCACAGAUGUUGUGUUUUGCCACCUUUAUUUCAGAAUGUGAAGCCUUUGCUCGUUGGCUCCCUCGCUACCUGACACAGACACACAGUGACUGCAGAUUUAGUCACUGGUUGAGAACAGGAUAACGAAUAGAGCACCAUUGGAAAUCAUUUAUCUUGGUUUUCCGAGCUGUUUGUA